GGGUCCCUUCCGGCAGUGUGCGCUUCCCGCAGCUCCCUCUGCUGCACACUCCACGUUCCGGUUCGGAGGCGCCGGCCCCGCCCCUGUCGCCGCGGCCUCCCCCGCCCGGCGCCAUGGCCGCUGCGGCCGGGGACGGCGCGGCGAAGCCACUGCAAAGCGCCAUGAAACUGGCCAACAGGGCCAUCGAGCUAGACACCGGCAACCGGCCCCGGGAGGCAUACAUGGAAUACCUGAGGAGCAUUCACUACAUCUCCCAGGCGUUACUGGAAGAUGUGGAACACACUACAGAAGCUGGGGAAACUGUGCCCCCUGAGACCUCAAAGAUGCUGAAGCUGGCUGAACAGUGUCUGGAACGGGCCCAGUCGACAGCUACCAAACUUGGGAAAAUAUGCUUGAAGCCCGCUGUACCUGUGGCUCCUCCCAUCCCCUUGCCCACCAGCCGACACCGCCGAGUGUGUUCGGACGAAGGAGGGAAACUCUCCCCUUUCCUGCCUCCUGAGAUCUUCCAGAAGCUGCAGGUGGUGGAAUCACAAAACUCUAAGAAAGAGCUAACACCACUGGAGAAGGCCUCCUUGCAGAACCAGAAGCUGAGGGCCACAUAUGAGGCCCGGAUGGCUCGUCUGGACCCCAGCCAGGCCAUGCAGAAGACAUCACUGACCCUGUCUCUCCAGCGGCAGAUGAUGGAGAAUCUGGUGAUCGCCAAAGCAAGAGAAGAGACGCUCCAGAGGAAGAUGGAGGAGCGCCGCCUGCGCCUUCAGGAGGCCGCCAACAGGAGGUUCUGCAGUCAAGUUGCUCUGACCCCAGAGGAGCGGGAGCAGCGAGCACUCUAUGCUGCCAUCCUGGAAUAUGAGCAAGACCAUGACUGGCCAAAGCACUGGAGAGCCAAGCUGAAGCGGAGCCCAGGGGACCUGUCAGUAGUGACCAGCCUGGUCUCCCACUUGCUCAGCCUCCCUGAUCACCCAAUCUCCCAGCUCCUGAAGAAGCUGCAGUGUGCAGUCUACAGUGCACUGUACCCUAUUGUGAGCCGGGCUGCCAUCAGUGCUGGACCUGCCCCGGGCUGCUGCUCCCUGCCCCCAGAAGCCAAUGGCCUGCUGGCUCCUGGGAGCCGGCGACUCCGAUCCUCCCAGAGCCUCUACUGCAUGCUCUCCCCUUCAGAACCCAGUGCAGCCCCGCGAUCUCUGGAUGGACCUCCUUCCACACCUUCUGUCCCCACACUUCACUCAGGCCCCCUGGACAGAGAGGCAGACAGCAGCCCAGCAGGGCCUUCCUCCCCCCUGGUCGAUGCUUCAUCCCACUUGCCAGACAAGGACAGCUCCUUUGAGGACCUGGAACAGUUUUUGGCUCUAUCUGAGCCACAGACCCCAGGAGCAAAGAGGGAGCCCUUGCUGGAAUGUCUGAAGAGCACAGUGAAGGACAUUCACAAUGCCAUCGAUAGACUGCUCUCGCUGACUCUUUUGGCCUUCGAAAGCCUGAACACAGCCGCCUCCAAGGACCGCUGUCUGGCUUGCAUCGAGGAGCCCUUCUUCUCCCCACUGUGGCCCCUGCUGCUAGCCCUUUACAGGAGUGUGCACCGUGCCCAGGAGGCUGCUGUGAGCAGGAGCAUGGAGCUGUACAGGAAUGCACCCCCUACGGCCCUUGGCAUCCCUGCCAAGCUCCUGCCACGUGUCCCUGAGGCUCAAGCCUCCACCUACCCCUACUGCACUGCGGCCCAGGAACUGGGGCUGCUGGUCUUGGAGAGCUGCCCCCAGAAGAAGCUGGAGUGCAUAGUGCGAACUCUUCGGGUCAUCUGCAUCUGUGCAGAAGACUACUGCCGUGCCCACGAGGCCAGGCCUGAGGCUGGAUCCCAGCCCCCCGCUGCUGCCAUUGGUGCUGAUGACCUGCUGCCCAUCCUGUCCUUCGUGGUGCUGAGGAGUGGCCUCCCCCAACUGGUGUCAGAGUGUGCAGCCCUGGAGGAAUUCAUUCAUGAAGGGUAUUUAAUUGGAGAAGAAGGGUACUGCCUGACAUCACUGCAGAGUGCCCUGAGCUAUGUGGAACUUCUGUCCCAGGGACGGCUGGACAAGUAGUGGUGGCUGGACCUCACAGACCAAAGGAGCCACAGGACCUCCACACCGCACCAUGUAUCUGGUUUGGGGCCAGCCUGCUGUGGUGGCACUCUAUAGCUCUCGCCCACCUUCCUAACCACACAUCUGUCCUGGAGGCCUCGGGUAGUGCCUCUUCUUCAGCAGGACGUGGCUGGCUGAGUCAGGCCUGUUUUUGUCCUGGGUCUGCCUCUCCGACCGAAUGGGAGAAAUCUGUAGCUGCUGUUCCCUGGGGAGCCUGCAACACUGACGGGCCCUCCAGUGAACCUGGAUGGCCCCGGCCUGUUCCCAUGGACACUACACAGCCCCUACUGGGGCAUCAACACAGAAAUGGCUGCUGGGAGUCUUGCCAGGGCAAUCUGGUUUUGUACCCCUCCAAUCUCCUGAGACAGCCAAAGUUUGUGUGAGCCAGUCUCUUGUUAGUCGAUAACAAGAGCUUUACCCUUACCCCGGAGGACUGGGUGUAGGUAGUGUGAGGCUGUGUUGCUUAUCCAUCAGGCAGCAACUGCCUUGCUCGCUUUUGCUGACCCAGGUAUCAUUUUGCUGCCCAUGCCUGGGAUAUGAGCCUCUCUCCUACCAAGGUCCAGGACAUCCAGCUCUGGAGUUACCUUGGUUGGGGACAGUGAACAUUCAGGACACUGGCCAACACAUACAGCUGUACAGCCUCUCCAAUUUCAGAGUCCAAGGGUCAGUGCCCUGACUGUUAUAUGCCCCCAAGUUUCCACCAACUCAGCCUAAAAUAAAGAAGUGACACCAUCUAA